UUACUUUUUGUAUUACUAUUAUUGUAUUACUAUUAUUUGUAUUAAUAUGUUUUGUUUAUUCAAAAUUGUAUUAAUUUAAUAUUUAAUAAUUACACAUUUUCAUUAUACAGGUAAAGCUAAUAGAAUUAACUAAAUUAUCUGAUUAAAAAAACCCGAAGUUGAAAGCUUAUUAAUAUUUUUAUAAUUAUUAAAUAUAUUUAUCAAUCGCUUUGCAGGUGUCAACUUGAGAUUUAUGCGAUAUCUCUGUGAUUCAUUAAUUAAUAACACAAAUCUCUUAAGAAAACAGGGGCAAACUUCAAUAUCGAGAUGUCAUUGGUUUUUACCAGUAUGCAUCAAUAUAAAAUCAGAUAAAGCAAAUCUCGAUGGGUUUGUCCGUGCGAUUGUUAUCAAAUGUAUAUCUCAUGUAUUUUUCAUCGCGAAAGAUUUCUCUGAUAUCGAGACGCAAGCGAUCAAUUUCCGAAAGGAAUAAGAACGAGUGCCAAUAAAGGCGUGGAACAAGGAUGGCCAGGGUGGACGAAAAAAAUUUGUGUUUUACGACACGUUAUUCGACGGCGACGCCGGGAAUUGGUGACCGACUAAACUCGGCCAAUCGGAAGUCUCUCGUGUUUAAUGGCAGAAAAAAGCCCGGCAACGGUGCGGGGAGCAAAGCGGUUCUUUUACUCCCUUUAGUGUUAUGUUCGUGUUACAUUGCUUGCCUUUCAGGAAGGUUUGCGGACAAAGAAAGACUCUGGGACGAUUCUAUGGUGCCGGAGAAGCGGAGAGGUUGCCCGCUAGAAAGUGGCAGAAAAGGUGGCCGUAACAAAUCCUCCGCAAGUAAUCGAGGUCGUGCCUCGGCAAGGCGACACGAUAAAAUACCCCCGAGACGAAGGAGACCGUUGCUCGAGUGCCGGCACCACUAUGAACUCUGACAGGGCGCAAUGGGUAGGGACGAUACAACGAGGAUUGUACCCUGAGCAGUAAUGGGAACUUUUAAAGAUUGCACGUGAGGAAGAUAUAUUCGAGAAUGCGGGAGGGAAAAGGAGUUCGUGAGAGUAGUAUUGUAUAAGACAGUGAGGUAUUGCCACCAGCCAUCAGUACAAAAUAUUUCCCGAACACGUGACAAUUUUAGUUUUAAAGUGACUGGGGAUGUUCUACCGUAGAUUAGAAAAUAUAUAUCAAUAAUUUUAAUUAUAAUCUUAUGUAUCCAGUAGUAAAAGAGAACUUUUUCAGGUAAAAUAUUAUCUAAUUGUUUAGAAUAAUUGGUCAAUAUAAAGAAAAGACAAUGAGUUAAACAAAUAUCUUAUUUACCUUUGUAAUGGCAUUUAGAAACUAAGACUAGAUUGUUAUGUAAAUUAUAAUUUUUUCAAUUUAUUUUUGAAUUAUUAUCUGUCCCAAAACAAUCAACGAAAUAUAUAAACGCAAGGUGGGCAAAAAAUUAUAAUUUUGAAAAUUCUAUUAUUAUGGAAUAACAAAUGAGAGAAUUCUUAGCGGUUAGUAUGAGUGACUUUUACACCGCAGAGACGCGAGGGGAAAGGUGAGCAGCGAUAAAGAACUGUAGGGGUUAGCAACCCUAGUGGACGCGCACGAGUUCGCUUGUAUUUCAAUGUCGGGACAUCCGGCCGGGACGACGAGUGAUGUGGUCUGCUACCCUCGUACAUCCGGCCUUCGCCAAACACUGCCGUGUGCGUUCGCCCUGCCGUAUGUUUACGCGGGUUCAACUUUCCUCGGCGUCACAGGCCUGACUGUCACGAGGUGACCGUCUAACGCACGACCCUUCAACCCGUGACGCGCAAACCGCGUCAUUGCGGGUUACGUAGUAAUACACCUGCAUGCGCACCACGAAAAAUGCUAUGUGAGCGAGGAGAAAGCUCGGGAAUGCAAAGCCGCUAGGUAAAGUUUGUUGACAACGUCUUUGCCGUGUGGCUUUGUGAUUUAGCCCUUUUACAAAUAGGUUUAAAGUUUCAAAAUGGAACACACUGAAAUAGUUACCGGAAGAACUAUUAUGUACUCGUAUACGCAAAUUAGAGUUUUCCAUUAUCUUUCGAAUGAAUAAUAGAAGCAUAUAAAUUAUUUAUAUAAAUUUUAUAUAUAAUUAUGUAUAAGUAAAUAAAUUUUUUAAAAUAUUUAAAAUUUUCUGAAUUGAAAAAAUAUAAAUUUAGAUUUUUAACUCUAAUUGGUAUUUGCUCUAAAAUUUUCUUAACUAGUAUUUGCAACUCACAAUCAGUAUAAUAAAAAAAAACUAUAAAUUGUUAUAUUUUCUUUUAAAUUUAAUUAUAUAAUUUUUUACAUUAAAGAUCAAAAAAAAGAAAUAAGAUUCUGUAACUUAAAAUAUGUCAAGUUAUGAAAAACACUUAUACCAUAAAUUUCUCAAAACGCUAUUUGUAAAAUUGACUUAUAAUUAAAAGAAAUCACUGGACUUGCAAAUUACAGUUAAGUUUAUGAUAAUUUAAAUUUGGCUAUAAAAGAUCUAUUAAGAGAUUUAUUAAGACAGAACUAAUAAAAAAUUAGAAUUAUUUAUUUCUAGUUUAAUAAAAAAGUAUCAAAUUAAAAAAUAAAUUAGAUUAUAUCAAUUUUUAUAAUAGCAUUAUUAUUUAAUUAUUAAAAAAGAUCAGGAAAUAUGAAUAAAUAAUUAUUAUGAUGUUCUUUCCUAGUUAUCAAAUUACGAAUUUAAUAAUUAUCCAUAGCUUUGCUAUAUUAUUAUAAAGUUCUAUAUUUACAUGGCCAUCAAAUAUAAAGAAUAUAGCAUAAAUUACAUAUACUUAAAUUUUUGUACUAAUAUUGUAACAUAAGGUGUGUGUAUGUGAGACUGUGCUAAAUCUCACUAAAUAUUAUUUCAGGAAAUUCAUUUAAUAACGAUUUUGAGUGACAAUUAAUAAUACGGAUUAUUAUUGAAAAUUACAAUAGUAUACAUGAUUAUGCAAGUAAAUUGUUCAAUCACUCAUUUGCAUUAAUUAGAUACUCUGUUCAUUAGGAUAUCUGAGUUAAUAUCUUUUAUUGAAUGUGUUAUGUAAAAUUAAUAAUUUUUAUUUUUUAAAUAACUAUAUAUAAACUACUGGACAAAA